UCUCCAUUGUGUCCUCCAAACUAAGAUCAGUUUACUUGUCCUUGAAAUCGAUGGUGUCGAACUUUGAAAGGGUAGCUGCACAUCUGCGUGCGGGUGCUUCCCCACUACAUACGUCAUUCAACACCAAGCAGCGAGAGCGCUUAAUCAAGAGAAGAGUGGCUCGCCAAAAGCUACAGGAGUUUUUGCUCGUAACUCAGCCGCCUAAAACAUACUUGAUUGGUCGUCCUUGGCCUUGUAUGCGCCGACCUCGAGGUCCCGAUGGCCGUUUCCUGGGUGCGGAGAAGAUCGCAGCACAACGUGAGAUGGAAACCGAAGCGGGGAGGAGGACAUAUGUGGAGAACAUCAUCUCACCAACCCUUUAUCAGGCUUCUACACCUCUGAAAGUCCUGCUGAAAUCAAAGCUUUGAUAUGUCCCGGUUGCGGUAUGAGCCUGCAGCGAAGGUGGCUUUGUUGCAGCUUGUCCUGUUGGCUCGCUGGUCUCAGCAAAGUGCGUCCAAACCGCUCCUUCUUUGGGUCCGGUAAUUUGUGCAAGCUUCAAUGUCCAUACUAGCUGAGCCUCUUGUACAAGUGUGUACUAUUAUUACAUCCAUCACGCGCCGCACCGGAAGCAAGUCCAAAGACCUGGGUGUCAGCUUGCAGUAGACGGAUGCUAGAUAGCAAUAAAAAGAG